CAUUCCUACAUCCAAAUGCUCAGCCCUUCCCAGAGCCAGGGCUCACCUAAUCCCCACAGUGGGAGUCAGGGGGCAUCCACGCCUGUGCUGAAGGCUAAGGUUGCACAGUGGUAACUUCACACUCUGCAGCAUGUGGAGCUGAGGCCUCUGCACAGCAGUCUCCUGCAAGGCGGGCAGCGAGGUCAGCCUGGCAGGUAUCAACCUCUCUAGCCAGGAUCCAGCCUCAGGCACUGGUGUCCCAGGACCUGCGCAGAGAUGGCUGAACAAGAAGGCAGUGGCCUGCAGGUGCUGUUGCACACACUUCAGAACUCCUCUGAUAAAGCAUCGAUCCUGGCCAUCCUCCAGGUCCUCAGCGAUCUGCUUUCUGUCGGCACAGACCGGAGGAUUUACUAUAUGAUCGAUAAGGGUGGCAGCGAAGCCCUUCUGCAGACUCUGGUGGACACAGCAAGGUCAGCUUCUCCCGACUAUGACAUCCUCCUGCCUCUCUUCAGGCUGAUGGCCAAAGUUGGCCUAAGAGAUAAGAAGUUUGGACAGAAGGCACUGGAAUUAGAAGCACUUGAUGUGACCUUGAUUCUGGCUAGGAAAAACCUGUCUCAUAGCCAGAAUCUCCUGCACUGUCUUUGGGCAAUGCGUGUGUUUGCCUCCAGUGUGACCACAGGUGCCAUGCUGGGAAUUAAUGGAGCCAUGGAACUGCUCUUCAAGGUCAUUUCUCCUUACACUCGAAAGCACACCAGGACAAUCAGGUACCCUGGGUGCUGUGUGAUGGAUGGCAAGAUAACACUGGUUGCCCUCACAUCUUCAUGCUUCCAGGCCAAUCUGUUGGUGCCUUCUUUCUUGCAGAUGUACAGUGACUACGCCCCAUAUUAG